AGCUGUUUUCUGGUUUUGUGUGGAAGUGGAGUGUUCCUCUCAGCUGUUUUGUGUUUGGGUAAUGAUUGAAUUAGCUAUAAACGAGGAUAUUAAUCCUAUCGAUAUGUCUGAAACUCAGCCAACAUCAUCGAGUAGCGAGACUACUCCUCAAAUUGUCGAAGAUGUUAAACAGGAAGAAUUCCUAGAACCAGACAUAAAAAAACGUAAAAUUAGUAGUAAACUAACAGAUGACAAAAAAUACAAGUUAGAAGAAAGGCUGGGCGGAAUUUUAUGCUGCGCAGUUUGUUUAGAUUUACCUAGAGCUGCUGUUUAUCAGUGCAGCAAUGGUCACUUAAUGUGUGCCGGAUGCUUUACUCAUGUUUUGGCCGAUGCAAGGCUCCGUGACGAAACAGCUACUUGCCCCAGCUGUAGAGUCGAAAUAAGUAAAACUACGGCUACUAGAAAUCUGGCAGUUGAAAAUGCCGUAUCGGAGCUGCCGGCCGAAUGCCAGUUUUGUAACAAGCAAUUUCCAAGAAAUUCCUUGGUCAGACAUGAGGAAUCUGAAUGUGAAGAAAGAAUUUCUGGUUGUAAAUACAGUCGUAUAGGUUGUCCAUGGAGAGGUCCAUUACAUGAAAGAUCUGAACACGAGAAGGAAUGCGUUCACCCUAAUCGCUCUGGAGCGGAUGUAAUGGAAGCGUUGAAAGGUUUAGAUCAGCAGAUGAACGAGGAACGUGUACUUUACGAUAGUAUAUUUGACUUACUGGGAUACGAAAAAAUCACAUUUAACGAGGUACAGUUGAAACCCUACCGUACAGAUGAGUUUGUACAUAGAUUGUUCUACGAAUCAUCAAGAUUUUCGGCUUUCAAUUACCAGUGGGUGGUCAAAGCGAGGAUAAAUAAUAAUCAAAAAGAUCCAACUCAGAGUUCAGAAAGAGAUAUGUCAUACCAGUUGAUUUUAAAAUCGAAAUCAAGCAAACCAAUAAGCUUGAGUUACAUAGUACUAAGAGGACCUGUUGGUGACAUAAAUGUGAAGCCAAGGAUACAUGAAUUUGAAUUCACAGAGCAGAAUAACGAGACUCCUUUUGUGAAACUACCCUUGCCAGAUACACCUGAAUGUAAUCGAUUAUUGGCAGCGACUACCAUAAAUUUUAGGUUGAUAAUGUUUUCAAAGUAAACGUUUACCUGCACCAAAAUUGUGUAAGAUAUUUUUACACGUUGUUUUAAAGAUUAAUAAUAAAUUUUUGUGCUAUAUAAAUCCUAGGGAUUUUUCAGUAAUUUCUAUUUUGUGUUAUUUGUGAAUGGAUCUCUUAGUUACAUUAAGUGUAGAUUAUUUUUAUAUCCAUGACUUAUGAUAUUUGUUUCUUUGUUCUUGUAGAAAAUGGUAAGAUUCUAUUUAUCCAGAAUAUUAAGAUUUAUAUGCUAUAUAUGUCUAAUUGUUACCUUAGAAUUUAAUUUAAAUGCCAUUAUUAAUAUUCUAUAAACUCAAAUUAUUUUAUUUUUACAACUUAGUGACAUGUUGGCAAUGUUUAUGUGUUUUUGAUAAAAGAUAAUAUAAAUUGUAGCCCAAAAAUACAAUGAUUGAUUAUCUAAUGAGUUAAGGUAUCGCCGAAAUCAACAUCUUCCUCUUUGCAUUUAUCCUAAUGUUUAUGAAAGUAUUGUUCCUUUUAAUAAAGUGUAAAAGCAUUAGUCAUAAAGAUCGGUCGCUACCUAACACGUUUAAGGUAUGACAGUUAUCAUGCUCUUUGCUUUUAUCCCUAUUCGAUGUCCCACAACCCUAAUUAAACUUGGCAUAAAUAUGUCUAUCUUGACUAAUCCCCAUUCUUCUUCUUCUAGUGCACUCCAUUACUGCAGUGCGUAAUGAUGGGUAUGCAUCUUACCAAAUAUAUGAGAGUUUACUUUCAGAAUCCAGACAAGUAACAUUGUCAAUCAUCAAUAUAUUUAGCUGUGUUAUGGAGUACUUUGUAUUUACUGCACAAUGAAAUACUAUGUAUUUAUUUGCAUUUACACAAAGUGACAAUGUUAAUUGACUGAAUUCUGACAGUGAACUCUCAUCUAUGUGGUAAGAUAAUUGCGCACCCACACGCACUGAAUUUAGGGAAGAUUGGCGCAUUCAUAAAUGAAUUCUAGUAAAUGUUCGUCCAUAUUUUGGCAUAUUAGCUUAGUUAAGGCAAUUUUAAGCGUUUGGUUGCAUUUUGAUGGCAUAUUAAUGUCAUUAAUGUUGUAUUUUGAUGACAUAUAAAUGUCAUUAAUGUUGCAUUUUGAUGACAUAUAAAUGUCACUAAUGUUGCAUUUUGAUGACAUAUAAAUGUCAUUGAUAUUCUGCAACGGAUUUGUGAGAAAAACUGUAUAUUAUUGCAUUAAUGGUUUUAGAAUCGUAGGCCUCAACGGAUAUAUUAAUUUUCAGGACGUUUUAAUAUUUUAAAAUCAGUUUAUUGUGUGCUAAUUCAAUUCAUAUACAUUUCUGUGGCAAAUAAUGUCUUUAUACUGAAAAUCUUUUAAUUGUAAUACAACAAAAUAAUAUUUGAUUAUGUAUAUUUAUACUUUAUUAAUCUGGCUAAUAAUUGGAAUCAAUUUCCCAUAGUUAACUUGUAGAAAAAUUAUGGUAUUUUCAAAUUUGUAAGAAUAAUAAUUUUUCCCAAAUAAGCGUUUAAAAAUUGUAUUUUCAAUCUAUAAAAUUAUAGUUGGUUAAUUCAAGUAGAAAUUGUUUUAAAUAAUUUGCUUGCAGUUUCUAUAUUCAAUAGGCGGUUCGUCAGAUUUAGGGUUCUAAUCAAUAAAAGGCAAAUACGGGAUCUUUAACAUAUUGACUUCAGUUAAUAAACAGUUAGCUGAUUGUAAAUUUGCUUAGUUUUUCCAACUAACAGUAUACUAAAACACCCGUAAAUUAAUUUUUAAUCGUCUAUAACGAUUAAAAAAUUUAAAUAGAUGUCGAAAUGAAAACGGACAACCUGUUGUAAAUAUUCACAAUGAGUUUUUAAAUUUAAAUAACGUAACACAUUUUUAUAUAUCAAAUUCAACACUAACUCACCAAUCCGGUACAUAACUAUAAAUAUUAUCUAGUCAGCUUAGACAUGCUUCAAUUUCUGACCAAUUUGAAGUGCCUGAAACUCCGUCUGAUCACGCAUUCCACUAUGUUUACGAUCAACUUGUCUUGAUACAUACAUAACUUACAUUUAUUUUAGAUUGUCAUUGUUGAAAAUAUGUAGGAUAUGUAAAACACGAUAGUUAUGUACAACUUCUACUAAAAUAGUUGGAAACUAAUUUGCUAAUUUAGGUUGAACGGUUUUGCUAAUUUAAUAAAAAUUAAAAUACGGUCAACAUGUCAACUAAACACAUAUUUAUUUUAAAGUUAAGUUAUACUGUUGGCAAACCUUAUUUACUGUCACAUCAUUUGGCACCCUAUAACAGAAAUAAUUAUGAUAUCAGCUCAAUUUAGCGGUUGCAAAUUUAGGUUGAAAAGCUAGUGAUUUGAAGCCAUUUAUAAGCCAACAUCACCAAAUGUAUUUUUAGUUUUUUUAUGUAAUUAAUAUGUAGAAUGUUAUUUUUUAAGUUGCGAAAUGAAUUUAAAUUAUAAGGGUUGGGAUAGAAAUAAAACCUUCAAAAUGUU